AUGUCCAAUGACCUUAACAAGCCCUUCCGUUUUGAAGGCGCUCAUUUUAAAAGAUGGAAACAGAAAAUGCAGUUUUUCUUAACUGUUAAAAAAGUUCAUUCUGUAUUGACUGUCCCUAGGCCUGUUAUUCCUGAUAAUGCUGAACAAGAUGAUCUAGUGUAUUGGAAUUCUGAAAUUGAAACUUGGAAUGAAACCGAUUUCAUGUGCAAAAACUAUAUUCUUAAUGGUCUGUCUGAUAACCUGUAUGACUAUUAUAAUCUGGAAAACACCGCUAAGGAUUUGUGGGAUGCCCUGCAAAAGAAAUAUGACACCGAAGAAGCCGGUGCCAAAAAGUAUGCUGUUAGCAGGUACCUUAAAUUCCAGAUGACUGAUGAUAAGUCCGUGGAAGUGCAGUCCCACGAACUUCAGAAAAUUGCCCAUGAGAUAAUUUCCGAAGGUAUGGCUCUUGAUGAACAAUUUCAGAUUGCUGUUAUAAUUGACAAGUUGCCUCCUUCUUGGAAAGAUUUCAAAAACAGUCUCAGGCACAAGACUAAGGAAUUUUCCUUAGAGAGUUUGAUUACUCGGCUCCGUAUAGAGGAAGAAUCCAGAAAACAGGACCAGAAAGAAGAAGUCUUACAGCUCUCUGCAAACAAUGCUCCUAAGCGUUCUGCUGCAGUUCUCAAGCCCGCUGGCCAUAUGGCACGAAAGUGCAGGAACAUGCCUAACCCUGUACCACAGGCUAGCAUGAUAGAAGAGCCACUUGUGGCUAUGAUUACUGAGAUCAACCUUAUUGGUGGAUCAGAAGGGUGGUGGGUAGACACUGGCGCUACACGCCAUGUCUGCUAUGAUCGUCGGAUGUUUAAAACUUAUUCUGAAAACACCGAUGAUAAGAAAGUGCUGUUGGGUGAUUCCCAUUCCACUAAUGUUGCUGGUAUUGGGAAAGGUUAUGCUACUGAUGGCAUGUUUAAACUGAAUGUUGAGAUUAAUAAAAUUUCUGAUUCUGCUUAUAUGUUGUCUUCUUCUGUUAAUAUUUGGCAUGCUAGACUCUGUCAUUCAGGCUAA